AUGGCCGACACAAUGCUGGACCCGUCGCGAAUGAACUCCAUAUCCAUAGACUCGGGACUAAUGGAUGUAGUGCUCACAGCCACUUCAAAUCACAAGCACGUAUUCAGUUUCGGACACGCAAGAGCAUCUAAGCUGGUUGAGAGUUGUGCGAGACUGUUUAGAAGCAUCUUGAGGGGAUCAGAUCAUCCUGAUGUGGUCCGUGCCGUUGAGAGGCUUCAGGCCGGGUUCAUGGCGUGGGGUCAUGAAGUCCUUGUUUUCGACAAAGACGGGGGGGAGUCAGAGGAAGGGAAGGAAGUAUUCGACAAUUACCUUGAUAAUCACCCCCAGUUUUCCAAAGAUAUGCAGAUGGACUUGGACGCUCUUUACGUUCAUCUCUCCGAAGUAUGGCGGAUGCUCGAUGGCCGGCUUCAAAACACACCGCAUGGCAAAGCCACUUUGCAAGACCCCGUCAUACUGCCCGGUCAGGAUGUUACCAGAGAUACUACCCCGGGCAUCGGCCCACGGUCACGACUGGGCUUAGUGUUGUCCAGGAUGAUUCCAAUGCGUUUGCUACUGCUCCAGCUCAGAUAUGCCGACUACUCUUCAAAUUGGGAUGAAGGUGUCAUUCCUCGCAUCUCGGACAAGUACCUGCUGAGCGUACUGUGCGAGCCCCUUGUAUAGAAACAUACUCCAUUCCCGCAGCCGGCAGGGAAGUACGAGCUAGUCGAACCGAUCGCAUUCGUCAUUUUCAAUACUCUGUGGUCUCAUAUGCACGGUCAACAGCCACGACGCGGGCUUACCAAGCGAGUUUGGGAGAAAUCGACUUCAGCC